AUGGCGGCGGUGAGGGGGGCGGUGGACUGUCACUGCCACCUCGCAGCGCCCUGCUUCCGAACGGACGUGGCGACUGUAGUGAGGGCGGCGGAGCAGGCGGCGGUGUCGGCGCUGCUGGUGGUGUCGGAGCAGGCGGGGGAGUUCCAGAGCGUCGUGGCGCUGUCGGAGAGGUUCCCAGGGUUUGUUUUGCCGUGCCUGGGAGUUCACCCGGUUCAAGAGGUUUUGCCAGGGGAGCAGCGCAGUGUUACUUUGAAGGAUCUGGAUGCUGCAUUGCCACUUAUAGAGCUUUACAAAGACAAAUUGGUGGGGAUUGGAGAAGUUGGACUAGAUUUCACUCCCAGAUUUGCCAGCACAGAUGAAGAGAAGGAAGGACAAAGACAGGUUUUGAUCAAGCAGAUUGAACUAGCAAGAAGGCUGGAUUUACCUUUAAAUGUUCAUUCCCGCUCAGCAGGACGACCAACCAUUAAUCUCUUAAAGGAGCAAGGUGCUACAAGGGUGUUGCUCCAUGCAUUUGAUGGGAAGCCAUCUGUAGCAAUGGAGGGGGUGAAAGCUGGAUAUUUCUUCUCCAUUCCUCCUUCCAUUAUAAGGAGUGAACAGAAACAGAAGCUUGUGAAACUGUUACCUCUGGAAAGUAUGUGCUUGGAAACUGACUCUCCUGCUCUGGGGCCUGAAAAACAGGUGAGAAAUGAACCAAAAAAUAUUUACAUUGCUGCGGAAUGUAUUGCCAAAAUUAAAGGAAUUCCAAUUGAAGAAGUUAUAGAAACAACUACACAGAAUGCACUAAAAGUGUUCCCCAAACUUCGGAACUUUCUUCGGAUAUAGAUUCAGAAACUGAAAUACAUGACGCUAU